AUGGAAACAGCAGUCAGUGCAGCGAAUAAUGCAAAAUUCGGACUGUUGCCAUGGAACGUUACCAAUACCAACAGCGUAUGCACCAACGUAGAUGAUCAUAAACACCAUAAUAACGUAUCCCCAGUUGCUGACCUGGUCAGUCAACUCGACAGAGUCGUUUUCGAACUUGAGAGGAACAUAGUGGAAGGCGAUAGCGUUCACGAUAAGUGCAAUCAUCAUGACAGGCAAGGACACCAAGAGCAUUCUUCUGCGGCCGACCUUGUCAAUGAUGAAGAAAGCAACCACCGUCAAAACAAAAUUGGUUCCAGACACAAUGAUGGAAACAGCGGUGGAGUUGUCGAAACCAAUGGCUUUGAAAAUGGUGGAAGAAAAGUACAUGAGCGAGUUGAAACCGGUGAAUUGUUGGAUACCUUGCAAUCCACAGGCAAUAACAAGUGCUCUGAAGUUGGAUGGAACUCUGUGGAUCUCUUUGAUACCGUUCCAUGUCUUGGAGAAAACAGAGUCUCCGGGAGGAAUGAUAGACAAACCAACUUGGACUCUCCAGCCGUUGUUGACAUGGGCAAGACCGGCACCAAUACCAUAAGCGAUCAGUUGACCACCGGUGAUUCCCAAACAGUUUAG